UUUAAUGAUUUGCAGCUGGAACGCACUGGGAUAGGCAAAAUCAGGUUUCCAUGCCCCUAGGGUGCCUCACUUCCGGAGAUGAACUCUACCAUCAUGCCAAUAUAAAAAGGCUUGCUUCUCCAUGCUCCUCAGUGCUCUGCUUGACAGCGUCGUUGCUAGCUCUCGUUGGUCAACUGGGUCUGCUGACAACCCACAAAGAUGUAUUAUCCUCAACAGCAUCAGUGCAAGCAGCCCUGCUUGCCCCCUCCCAUCGUAAAGAACUGUCCUCUGCAAACUGUGGAGCCUUGUGGCACUGUCCAUGUGUCACAGUGUGCUACCAGGUGUGUGGAUACAUGUGGCACUCUCAGUGUAGCUCAGGCUGCAAGUGGAAGCCUGAGUCCCUGUGGUGGCAUCAGCGAGGCCCAGGCUAUGGGCACAAGCCUCAGUCCCGGUGGUGGCAUCAGCGAGGCCCAGGCUGCAAGUAAAAGUGUGGAUCCCCGUGGUGGUGUCAGCGUGGCCCAGGCUGGAGGCACAAGCCUGUGUCCCUGCGGUGGUGUGUGUGUGGCCUGUGCUGCAAGCAGAAGUGUGGGUCCCUAUGGUGGGGUCAGCGUGGCCCAGGCUGCAAGCAAAAGUGUGGAUCCCCAUGGUGGUGCCAGCGUGGCCCAGGCUGCAAGUCAAAGUGUAGAUCCCCGUGGUGGUGUCAGUGUAGCCCAGGCUGGAGGCACAAGCCUGUGUCCCUGUGGUGGUGUCUGUGUGGCCUGUGCUGCAAGCAGAAGUGUGGGUCCCUAUGGUGGGGUCAGCGUGGCCCAGGCUGCAAGCAAAAGUGUGGAUCCCCGUGAUGGUGCCAGCACGGCCCAGGCUGCAGGUCAAAGUGUGGAUACCCGUGGUGGUGCCAGCAUGGCCCAGGCUGCAGGUCAAAGUGUGGAUCCCCGUGGUGGUGUCAGCAUGACCCAGGCUACGGGCACAAGCCUGUGUCCCUGCGGUGGUGUCUGUGUGGCCUGUGCUGCAAGCAGAAGUGUGGGUCCCUAUGGUGGGGUCAGCGUGGCCCAGGCUGCAAGCAAAAGUGUGGAUCCCCGUGGUGGUGCCAGCGUGGCCCAGGCUGCAAGUCAAAGUGUGGAUCCCCGUGGUGGUGUCAGUGUAGCCCAGGCUGGAGGCACAAGCCUGUGUCCCUGCGGUGGUGUCUGUGUGGCCUGUGCUGCAAGCAGAAGUGUGGAUCCCUAUGGUGGGGUCAGCGUGGCCCAGGCUGCAAGCAAAAGUGUGGAUCCCCGUGGUGGUGCCAGCGUGGGCCAGGCUGCAGGUCAAAGUGUGGAUCCCUAUGGUGGGGUCAGCGUGGCCCAGGCUGCAAGUCAAAGUGUGGAUCUCUGUGGUGGUGCCAGCGUGGCCCAGGCUGCAGGUCAAAGUGUGGAUCCCCAUGGUGGUGUCAGCGUGGCCCAGGCUACGGGCACAAGCCUGUGUCCCUGCGGUGGUGUCUGUGUGGCCUGUGCUGCAAGCAGAAGUGUGGGUCCCUAUGGUGGGGUCAGCGUGGCCCAGGCUGCAAGCAAAAGUGUGGAUCCCCGUGGUGGUGCCAGCGUGGGCCAGGCUGCAGGUCAAAGUGUGGAUCCCUAUGGUGGGGUCAGCGUGGCCCAGGCUGCAAGUCAAAGUGUGAAUCCCUAUGGUGGGGUCAGCGUGGCCCAGGCUGCAGGUCAAAGUGUGGAUCCCCAUGGUGGUGUCAGCGUGGCCCAGGCUACGGGCACAAGCCCGUGUCCCUGCGGUGGUGUCUGUGUGGCCUGUGCUGCAAGCAGAAGUGUGGGUCCCUAUGGUGGGGUCAGCGUGGCCCAGGCUGCAAGCAAAAGUGUGGAUUCCCGUGGUGGUGCCAGCAUGGCCCAGGCUGCAGGUCAAAGUGUGGAUCCCUGUGGUGGUGUCAGCGUGGCCCAGGCUACGGGCACAAGCCUGUGUCCCUGCGGUGGUGUGUGUGUGGCCUGUGCUGCAAGCAGAAGUGUGGGUCCCUAUGGUGGGGUCAGCGUGGCCCAGGCUGCAAGCAAAAGUGUGGAUUCCCGUGGUGGUGCCAGCAUGGCCCAGGCUGCAGGUCAAAGUGUGGAUCCCUGUGGUGGUGCCAGCAUGACCCAGGCUGCAAGUCAAAGUGUGGGUCCCUAUGGUGGGGUCAGCGUGGCCCAGGCUGCAAGCAAAAGUGUGGAUCCCCGUGGUGGUGCCAGCAUGGCCCAGGCUGCAGGCCAAAGUGUGGAUCCCUGUGGUGAUGCCAGCAUGGCCCAGGCUACAGGUCAAAGUGUGGAUCCCUAUGCUGGAGUCAGCGUGGCCCAGGCUGCAAGCAAAAGUGUGGAUCCCCGUGGUGGUGCCAGCAUGGCCCAGGCUACAGGUCAAAGUGUGGAUCCCUAUGCUGGAGUCAGCGUGGCUCAGGCUGCUACCAAAUGUAUAGAACCAGGAGCCAAAGGCUAUGUCCGGCCAUAUGCUAUUCAGUGUGCGGAUGUGUGCCGUUCCAAAUGCGUGGCUUCAUAUGGCCAGGUAAAGGUGGAUUCUUGUGCUCCCGGUUGUGCCAAGACCUACCCCCUGCAGAACGUGGACCCCUGCCUCCCCAAAGGCUCCCCCGUGCAGCAGUGCUCCAGGAAGUCCAAGCAAUGUUAAUGUCCAUGCAUGACGAUGAGUGACAGCCAUGCACGUGGCGGGGAGCUUUCUCCAGGCUCUACCAUUCUCCUCUGUUCUCCCUGCUGCUGGUGAUGUUUUGGUGAAUGUUUGCCAAAUCUAUGCUCAACGCCAGAAAUUGCACGUUACUUUCUCGUAGUCAGUGCCUUGCCAAUAAUGUCGGCUGUGCCUAGGGAUCCUUUUGGCUUGGGUGGCUUGGUGUUGGAAUGCUCUUUGCUUCCCUUCCCCACUUUGUCCUGUAAUGUAGAUGUGCAGCAAUAAAAACUACAGUUCGUGGCA